UACGUAUGCACCAGCGGGACCAGACAAUGCCAUCGAAUGCACAUGGAAUAUAAUACACGCUUGGUGGCUGGCAACUGCAGAGGCAAACCAAACCCUCAACACCAGACGCCCUUCUAGCGGCCAUGAUACCUUGCCCGUUUCGAGUCCGACCACACGCGCGGACCACUAAUCAAUCAAGAGAAAAACAACAAGGGAAAGGUGCUUCCGCAGAGCACUUCCUUUUCAUUCAUGCACAGAGCAUAGCGAGUGGGAGCAGCCGAAGCCAUUGCCCUCGAAACCACAGAUACGAGUCUCGUCAUUUGCGAGCCGCCUGUUGCAGGAGCAUCGUCCCAAAGUCGAUCUAACUUGGAUUCUCGACCUGACCCACCUAUGGACUACCCUGGCACAGCCGGCAGUACCGGCAGAAGCCACGUGGUUAUGAUGCCGU